AUGCCAACUCCCUAUCCCUUGAAUCCACAAGUACAACCACCCAUGAUGAUGAUGCCUACGAACGGACCACCUCCUCCGCAAUGCUCAUCCAAAGUAGAAUUACAUAUUUCUUGUCGUAAUUUGAAAAAUAUGGACGUGUUGAGCAAGUCUGAUCCGAGAGUGUUGGUUUAUAUUGGAUAUCCUCAGAACCAUCCACAAUUUACUUGGAAAUUAUUGGGCGAAACUGAAACUGUGCGAGACAAUUUAAAUCCGAACUUUGUGAAAUCUUUUGUUUUGGAUUACUUUUUUGAAGAAGUUCAGCAUUUGAAAUUUGCUGUGUAUGAUAUCGAUAACUCGACCGCUACAUUGAAUGAUGACGACUUUAUUGGAGAAAUGACAACUACUCUGGGCGAAAUUUGUGGAAGCAGAGGUCAAAAAUUAAUCAAACAUCUUUGUGUUGGUCAUUCCAAGACAUCCCGAGGAACAAUAAUUGUCAGUGCCGAGCAAAUCAAUUCAAAUGUGACCGAUGAUGUGGAAAUUCAAUUGGCUGGCAUUUCGUUGGCGAAGAUGGACUUUUUCGGAAAGUCCGAUCCAUUUUUCAUUAUUGAAAAGCUCCACAAUGGACAAUAUAUUAAUGUUUUUCAAUCGGAAACUAUCAUGAAUACACUCAACCCAGUUUGGAAGCCUUUCAGAAUGCCAUUAACCAAAUUGUGCAAUGGAGACGUGAUGAGACCUCUAAAAAUUAGUGUCUAUGAUUAUGACAAAUUCUCUCAACCAGAUUUCAUUGGAGAGUGUGAAACAAAUCUUGAUUCCAUUAUGAAGGGCACUCUCUCUCUAAAAUUGAUCAACAAGAAUAAGAAGAAAGGAAAAGAGCACACUGGAGAUUUAGUUGCAAAAUCUGCCAAACUCGUAAAAAAUUAUUCAUUCUUGGACUUUAUUUCUGGAGGACUUAGGAUGAAUUUGUUGGUUGCCAUAGAUUUUACUGCCUCAAAUGGUAAUGUUACUGAUCCUCACUCCCUUCACUAUAACAAGCCAGGUCAAAUGAAUCAGUACGAGUCUGCCAUUUAUGCAGUAGGUCAAAUUCUCAGCGAUUAUGACUAUGAUAAGAAAUUCCCAUGUUUUGGUUAUGGAGGAUAUAUUAAUGGCUCAACUUCUCACUGUUUUGCAUUGAAUGGAAAUCCUCAACAACCAGAAUGUUAUGGUGUUGAAGGAAUUUUACAAGCAUAUAGACAAGCUCUUAAUAAUGUUUCUCUGAGUGGACCAACGUUAUUUGCGAACGUGAUUAAAACAGCAUGCCAGAUUGCCUCCCAACCAAUUUCACAACAAAAUCAAGAAUAUUAUAUUUUGUUGAUUAUCACAGAUGGAGCUAUCAAUGAUAUGGAUUCAACCAUUGAAGAAAUUGUGAGGGGAAGUGAAUUACCUCUUUCCAUAAUUAUUGUAGGAGUUGGAAAUGCCGAUUUCAAGUCCAUGGUCACUCUCGAUGGUGAUGAUGGAAGGCUCAGAUCUCCUUACACCUUCAAAUACGCAAGUAGAGACAUUGUACAAUUUGUUCCAUUCAAUCAAUUCAAGAAUCAACCUUAUACCUACUUGGCCAAAGAAGUGUUGGCUGAAAUUCCUCAACAAGUGACUGAGUUUAUGAAGAUGAGAAAUAUUGUUCCAAAUCCAAGAGUUGUCGUCGCCGAAUAUGUUCCUCCAAUGAGUGAAGAAUUGCCAAGAGGUUCCCUCUCAGAAAAUUACAACCCAAACCUUGCCACACCGCCCUCAUCAUCGAGUGCAAUCUCAGCAGUCACAACAACUACGGCAGUAACCUCAACACAACCCUAUCCAACCAAUGUACAAUACAAGAUCUAG